AUGGCAGGUGAUGUCCAACGUGAUGUUCCGCAGGAUGAUCACUGCGUAAUUGCUCUGUAUUAUUCUACGCUAAAGUCCAUCAUGCCGGUGUAUGACGAAUCGCGACCAGCAUGUACGAUGGCGCCACGUCUAGCGCCUGCGGAAAUUCAGAAGAGUGUUAUGAUAACUACAAAUGUGACUCCCCUCAUGCUGGAGGACCGUACUGUUUAUCGGUACAGUGUACGCAUUGUCGCGACUUUCGGCAGGGGCGAACGAAGCAAAAAGACGAUUGAUUUGCCGCUGUAUGACGAAUCGCGACCAGCAUGUACGAUGGCGCCACGUCUAGCGCCUGCGGAAAUUCAGAAGAGUGUUGUCGUAACAACAAAUUUUACUCCCCUCAUGCUGGAAGACCGUACUGUUUAUCGGUACAGUGUGCGCGUUGUCGCGACUUUCGGCAGGGGCGAACGAAGCAAAAAGACGAUUGAUUUGUGCAGCGGGAAGCAGGAUAGUCACAGAGCUGCAAAGUGUAUCGCUUUGCUACACUUUGCUUUACGAAAAUUUCGGCAGAUACGGGAUUUCGCAUACGCUUAUGAUUCGGCAAGCACUCUUUUCACGAACCAGCCACUGCCGAUUGAGGAGGUGUCGCGGAUUAUAAUCAGAUCAAAUGCUUCCGAGGAGCUGAGGAAGAUCCUCGGUGAUGGUGUAACGGCUACAAUAGAAAUUGUAGAGUGCCGGGAAUAUUCCCAUACAUUCCGCAUAACCGAUUUCAAGUCGUCAAUCACGCCAGAUCUGCUUGAACAGGAUCGUUCUUUGCGACAAUUUUUCGAGAUACUGACAAAUCAGAAAGGCUUACGAAGGCUUGUUUUCCCUAUGUCUUUUGCCGUAGUUGCUGUGCACGAAGUCUUCCUUGUUUUUAUGCGUUUCUGCCGUCCAUUGCCAAAGCGCUUCAAACAGAUUUAUCCGGGUAUUUUUAAUUAGCG